GCCCAUUAUGUGCUCGCGCCACGGCACCACACGCUAGCCAUACCGCCAUACGGCCGCCGAGAAAAACAGAGUGAAGUGCAAAGCGAGCAAACAGACAACAGCGACAACAGCAGUCAGCAGCAGAAACGUAUACAUACACACAAGUAAUGGCGACGCUGACAGCUGCUCUGCUGCAGAAUAUCGAAAAGAACACGCCGCGCUCGAAGAGAAAAUUGCAGAAGCACCUGAGGAGCUCUGGGUUGGCGUACAUCUCGCGAACCGGAAAAUUAAUACCAGCCAAGAGGGUGGCAGAUGAACUAUGUCAAUGUCCACAAAAAUGUGAUGACCGUGUGCCUAUUGAAGUCCGCGAACGUCUCUUCGCGCAUUUCUAUGGAUUGGGCGACACCGACAUGCAGAAUGCGUUUCUGCGCGACCACAUGGAUGUGCGAGCGCGUCUCAACUUGCCCGAAAUGACCACAAGCGGAAGGUCGCCGCGACGCAUCACGUGCAAAUACCUCGUGCCCAUUCUGCCAGCGGGCGAGACGGUCGACGUGUGCCAAAAGGCCUUCGUCAGCGCGUUCGUUAUCACGACGAAACGCGUGCGCUUGCAGCGCGAGAAACUCAUCAGCAGCAUGGGUCUCAACAGCUACGGGCCGAAUCGCAACGCUAAAACCGCUUCACCCAGCAGCGAGAAUUGCCUACGGCGUGGCCGUGAUUACGAUAUGGCGAUCGGCGACGACGAGGACGACGACAGUGAUGACGGCACGGCCACGUCGCAGCCCAACAAGAAAGUCCUCAAAAUACCGUCGCAACUCGAAAUGAUUCGUUGUGAUAAAAUCAACAAUAAUCACGCGUCGACGACGAAGUCCUGCAGGCGGCGCUUCGUCGACGAUCCGAUGAUUCCCUUCGGGCUGGUGGUGCCCGAUAGCGUUACCAUUGCGCCGGUCACCGCCACCGCCGACCACGAUCGCGACAUCGCCAUCGUCAACAAUUUCUUCUCGAACCAGCUCUGGAAGCCCGAGUAUAUUUUGGGCACAUAUUCAUGAUGUGCACCGGCGACGACCGCUGGACGUUCACCGCCACCGCACGAAUUUACCACAGUACUUAGACUAAUUUAUAUAUACUAUAUGUGAAACAGCAGGCGAGAUAUAUGCGUGAUGAGAUGGAUACCAAGCAAAGCAAAUGAUACAUUUCUACAACUAUACCUAAGGAUUCAGAUUACCUAUAUACGUAUUGUUACAUUUAUAUUUAUAUAAAGAUGAUAGUCUAUUCAAUUUACUUAUUCUUAAUACUAUUGACACGAUGCAAACACAAUUAUAUUUGAGCAUGUUGUAUUUGAUGGAAGUAUAUCGAUUGUUUUCAAAUAAAGAUUGUUUUAUAGCAAAAAA